AUGGGAAGCCUUGGUUACAAGUCCGCUAUGGUAGACUUGUCCCACCACAUCAACGCGAAGAGUAAAGCUCGCCAUCCCUCGCCGUUGAAAGACAUUAUCAAAUUUAUGGGAUACGAUGGCAUGGUCAGCUUUGCAGGAGGGCUGCCUCAUCCAUCUCUGUUUCCCCUCGACCAAGCCAAAUUCGAGUGUCUAUCUCCCGCGGCCUCUCUAACAGCGGAUCGACAUUCCGAUGGUCAAAACAAAGAUGAUGUACUGGGUCUGACAUUUGGACGUGGAUCUUCUAUAGGGGAUUUAGAUUUGACUCAAUUCCUUCAAUACGGCUCUGGGGCUGGCAACCGGCAGCUGUUAGAUUUAGCAAAAGAGCUCACUGAAAGGGUUCAUUCUCCGCCCUAUGAGUACGAGUGUUUACUACACCCCGGUAACACCAACGCGUGGGCCAAAGUCGUCGGGCUGCUCUGCGAAGAUGACGACUACAUUCUUGUUGAAGAAUUUACGUAUCCAUCAGCGCAAGCUCUUUGGAUUCCACUGGGAGUCAAAGCUGUUCCCGUGGCUGCCGAUGCGGCGGGAAUGAUGGCGAAGAACCUCAGAAAUAUUUUGAUGCAUUGGGAUGAGAGGGAUAGAGGGGCCCGAAGACCACGAGUACUCUAUCUCGUGUCUGUCGGAUCGAAUCCAACAGGAAUCACGAUUUCAAAAGAAAGACGGAGGGAGAUUUACGACAUCUGUGUCGAGUUUGAUAUCAUCAUCGUCGAGGAUGACCCUUACUACUUUCUCCAAUACCCAAGUUACGGCAGCUCUGUUGAGACAUCGUCCAUACCUAAACCUAUCCCAGAAUUCCUGAACACCCUCGUACCCACGUUCCUCUCCAUGGACACGCAAGGCAGAGUCAUCCGCCUUGACUCCUUCUCAAAGACGCUUUUCCCCGGUCUGCGCCUGGGAUACUUCGUCGCCCAUCCAGUCUUCACUGAGCGUCUCCUCCGCGCAACAGAGGUCGAGACGCAAGACCCAGCUGGUCUCAGCCAAGCAUUUGUCCUCGGCCUUCUUCGGAAGUGGGGGGUAGACGGCUACCUCACCUGGCUCCAAAACCUACAGUUGCAGUACCGCACCAGACGGGACUGGCUCCUGGACGCAUUCCACGCCCACUUUGAUAUUGUGCCCGCGGAGAAGUCACCCGUGCCUCAAGCACAGGGCCUUGUAGCGUGCAUUAAAAGUGCACAUGAUGGCCAAGUGAAACAGCCGGUUUUCAGUUUCGUUGAUCCUGGCGCUGGCAUGUUUGUGUGGUGCAAAUUCUACUUUGACGGCGUCGAAAGGUUCAUGCAGAUUGAAGGUGCCGCGAACAAUAGAGAUCCAGAGCAAGAUUUUGCAAACGAGCUGUGGCAGGCGUGGGCGACGGAACUCGUGCUCCUUACACCGGGGUCGUACUAUCAUGCUUGGCAAGGUCCAGAGAAGAUGACUACGUCGGCCCGGGGUGCUGAUCCGCGCACGGCGCAUUUCCGGUUUUCUUUUGCUACGCCGACGAAUGAAGAAAUCAAUUCUGGAGUGGAACGUCUUGCGAAGGUAAUAGGGAGAUAUUGGGGUUAG